AUGCUAGCAGUCCAGCACAGUACUAGACAGAGACUAGCAGACCAGCACAGUAGUAAACAGAGAUUAGCAGACCAACACAGUAAUAGACAAAGGCUAGCAGAGCAGCAUGGUACUAGACAGAGACUAGCAGACCAACACAUUAAUAGACACAGACUAGCAGACCAGCACAGUACUAGACAGAGGCUAGCAGACCAGCACAGAACUAAACAGAAACUAGUAGACCUGCACAGUACUAUACCGUCACAAGCAGAGAAGCUCAGCACUAGAGACAGAAUAGCAGACCAGCUCACAACUAGACAGGGACUAGCAGACCAGCACAUCACUAGACAGAGACUAGCAGACCAGCACAGUACUAGGCAGAGACUAUCAGACCAGCACAGUACCAGACAGAGACCAGCAUACCAGCUCAGUGCUAGACAGAGUUUAGCAGACCAGCUCAGUAUUAGACAGAGACUAGCAGACCAGCACAGUUCGAGUCAGAGACUUGCAGUACAACACAGUACAAGACAGAGACUAGCAGACCAACUUCGUACUGUAUAG